AUGCCUAGGUAUGCAAAGCUCUUAAAGGAGAUUCUUAGCAACAAAAGGAAGUUUGAGGACUUAGCAUGCGUGACAUUAAACGAGGAAUGUUUGACAAUUUUCCAUAACAAGUUACCGAAAAAGCAACAUGAUCCAUGGAGUUUUACUAUUCCUUGUGUGAUCGGUAACUUAACUAUUAAUGAUGCUUUAGCUGAUUUAGGAGCUAGCAUUAAUGUAAUUCCGUACAACCUGUUUGCGAAAUUGAGGCUGGGAGAGACUAAACCCACUAGGAUAAUAGAGUUAGCUGAUACGUCUGUUAAGUAUCGUAGGGGUAUUGUACAUAAUGUGCUUAUACAAGUAAAUAAAUUUAUAUUUCCUAUUAAUUUUGUGAUCUUAGACAUGGAUGGCAAGAGUAGUGUACCUUUGACUCUAGGUAUUUCUUUCCUUACAACAUCUAGGGCAAUUAUAGAUGUUUAUGAUGGAAAGCUAAAACUUAGGGUAGGGGAUGAGACUGUCACUUUUGACAUGAAUAAUUCUAUGAGACAGUCUUUAGAUCAUAAUAAUGUUGUGUGUGCUAUUAAUGUACUUGAUAAUGCUAUUGAGAUAUUGUUAUAUGAAAUAUUAGUUGAAGACGCUCUACAAGUUAUUUUGCCAAUGGGAGAUGAGCAUAAGCUGUCAAAUGAGGAAGUGUUAGAGCAGCUUGAGUUUCUGUUAGCAAAAGAGCCAAGCAACAAUACUGAUAAGUUUGUUGUGAUUGACAGUGUUAGAGCAGCUUGA